CCUGGCCUGCUGAUCUGCCUGGCCUGCUGAUAGUGUAUGAACUGACCUGAGUUCCCCCUCAUCUCAGUCCUCAGUUCCCCUGGAGCUCUUGCAGACGGCAGACUACAGACACAGGAGACUAUCACAGUCACAGGAGACGAUCACAGUCACAGGAGACUAUCACAGUCACAGGAGACUAUCACAGUCACAGGAGACUACUGAAGAGGACUAUGGAGCGCCUGCAAUAUUAUCACUGUCUACUCUCCUACCUUCUGCUGGCUCUUAGAGAUCCUGCACUCUGUGCCAAAGAGAUCACUGUGACCCCAGCCAAACCCAUUGUCAAGCUGGGAGAUGCUGUGACCUUGACCUGUGAGACAACCUGUCCCCAAGGCAGACCACGCUGGAUGGAACUAGAUGAGAGCGAUGCCACUGUGAAUACCACAGAAAACAGAAGUGAUCUACAUAUUGCAGAUGUACAACUGAAUCACGAGGGAAAGUAUACCUGCACAGCAGCAAAAUGUAGAACACAGAAGAAGGAAACAAUCCAGCUCAGAGUUUACACUCUCCCGGUGCCUGUCCUGUCCACGGUGCCAAAGAACCCUGUGUCUGGUCAACCUUUUGAGGUGAAAUGCACACUGACAAAAGUCUUCCACAGAGAUUGUGACCACUUUGAGAUGCAUCUCUUCCACCGUGAGAAGAUUGAAGCAGAACUCUCCAAAAACUGUGAUGAUGGCAGAUUUUGUGACUACACGCAGUCUUCUAAGGAUCAGAUGGGCACAGGCAACACAGAUUAUCAGUGUGAAGCAAAGCUUACUAUUGGCCCUCAGACCUUUCUUGAAAAGGCUUUUCUUACCAUACAUUUCCAAGAUGAUGCCGAUGAAGACGAUGAUGAUCCCAGAAGCACUGUCAUGUCUUUUAUUCCUUUGUCAGUUGGACCCGUGGAAACACAAACGCCAGAACUUGUAAAUAAGGAAGGUGAAGGUCAAGAUGAUGCCGAUGGAGACGAUGAUGAUCCCAGAAGCACUGUCAUGUCUCUUACUACUUUGUCAGUUGGACCCGUGGAAACACAAACGACAGAACCUGUAAAUAAGGAAGGUGAAGGUCAAGAUGAUGCCGAUGGAGACGAUGAUGAUCCCAGAAGCACUGUCAUGUCUCUUACUACUUUGUCAGUUGGACCCGUGGAAACACAAACGACAGAACCUGUAAAUAAGGAAGGUGAAGGUCAAGAUGAUGCCGAUGGAGACGAUGAUGAUCCCAGAAGCACUGUCAUGUCUCUUAUUACUUUGUCAGUUGGACCCGUGGAAACAGAAACGUCAGAACCUGUAAAUAAGGAAGGUGAAGGUCAAGAUGAUGCCGAUGAAGAUGAUGAUGAUCCCAGAAGCACUGUCAUGUCUCUUACUACUUUGUCAGUUGGACCCGUGGAAACACAAACGUCAGAACCUGUAAAUAAGGAAGGUGAAGGUCAAGAUGAUGCCGAUGGAGACGAUGAUGAUCCCAGAAGCACUGUCAUGUCUCUUACUACUUUGUCAGUUGGACCCGUGGAAACACAAACGUCAGAACCUGUAAAUAAGGAAGGUGAAGGUCAAGAUGAUGCCGAUGAAGAUGAUGAUGAUCCCAGAAGCAUUGUCAUGUCUCUUAUUCCUUUGUCAGUUGGACCCGUGGAAACACAAACGUCAGAACCUGUAAAUAAGGAAGGUGAAGGUCAAGCUCUUCAUCAGUGUGAUGAUGGUUUGACUGUGUUCUCCAGCAGUGGAGGCCUCCAGCGCCAUCACCACGGCCAUGGCAGCACUGGGCUCCACAGUGGGAUCCCUAGCCUCUCUCUGCUUCCUGGGCUUCCUGGCUCGCCUAAUCAAACAGAGGAAACGCAAUUCGCCCCCCAGUGGUCCUGAGAACCACCCUGAUGGCUGCUGACCAACAUGGCAUCAGCUUCAUCUUAUGUUCUCAAGCUUUUUUUGUCCAAUGUAGGACUCUAGCCUGCCUACAUGCAACUUCCCUAUAACAACUCAAAUGUAAUGUAUACUGAAUCUUAUCUUCUCAUGCACUGCCUGCUGUAUAAAUCUGUAAAGACCCUAGCAAUUAAAAUGAAAGCAAAAAUGUAUCCUACAAAGAAUAAUUUACUGGAAAAAUGCAAAGAAGAACAGUCAAACAGAAACAUUGUAUGCUGUCUGAUUAAUAUCAUAUGCUCAUAAUAAACCUCUGAGAGCCAG